GCGAAUAUUUGUUGUUGUAAGUGAGGAGAAUCCCUUUUGGCAGCUGAUGUCGAUUUAGAGGGCGUUUUUUUUAGAGAGAGAGAGGGAAAGAGAGAGCGAGGGGGCGGGUGUCUCUCCCGCUCGCCUCGCGCAGCCUCACAGACGCUCGUGAAAUCAACACAAGGACGGUGUGCUUCCACAUCUUUCGCUUAUUUUCUGGAUUUUCUGGAUAGACAACACCGUAAUCGAUGCGAGGCCUUCUAACGGACAUUCGCCGCUGAUAUUACGCCCGCGUUUUUUCUGUUUUUGUCGUUUUUUCCCCCCUCAGCGGAGCGUUCGUUGGAUUCGUUAUGAAUUCCAGCCCGCUUCCUAACGGCAGACUCCUACCGGACAGCCAGAGCUGGAACUCCUCCGGUUCCGACGAGGAUCUGGACGUCGAACCGGGACCCGGUCCGCACGGAGGGGUGGCGGAAUUAGGCGGGGUACUCAGUAAGUGGACUAACUACAUUCACGGAUGGCAGGACCGCUGGGUUGUGCUGAAGAACAACACCUUGAGUUACUACAAAUCCCAGGACGAGCGCGAGUAUGGCUGCCGCGGUUCCCUCUGCCUCAGCAAGGCUGUCAUCACACCUCAUGAGUUUGACGAGUGCCGGUUGGACAUCAGCGUCAAUGAUAGUGUGUGGUAUCUACGUGCUCAGGACCCAGAGCAUCGCAACCAAUGGAUCGAUUCCAUCGAGCAACACAGGGCUGAGUCUGGUUAUGGCUCUGAGUCCAGUUUGAGGAGACACGGCUCCAUGCUGUCCCUCACAUCAGCCACCAGCGGAUACUCAGCCACCUCCACCUCCUCCUUUAAGAAGGGUCACAGUCUGCGGGAGAAGCUGGCAGAGAUGGAGACGUUUCGAGACAUCCUGUGCAGGCAGGUGGACACGCUGCAGAAAUUCUUCGACGGCUGCGCUGACGCCGUGACCAAAGACGAGCUCCAGAGAGACAAGAUCGUGGAGGACGAUGAAGAUGGUUUCCCUACCACUCGCUCCAAUGGAGAAUUCCUGCAUAACAACAACGGCAGCAAGGAGAAACGUGAGUGCAUUAAUGGGAUAGAUUUUAAAGGAGAGGCCAUCACGUUCAAGGCGACCACGGUGGGGAUCUUGGCUACGCUUUCUCACUGCAUCGACCUGAUGGUGAAGAGAGAGGACAGCUGGCAGAAGAGACUGGAUAAGGAGAUGGAGAAGAGGAGGAGGGUGGAGGAGGCGUAUAAAUCAGCCCUGUCCGAGCUGAAGAAGAAGUCUCAUUUUGGAGGGCCUGAUUACGAGGAGGGUCCAAACAGCCUGAUCAAUGAAGACGAGUUCUUUGACGCUGUGGAGGCUGCUCUGGACCGACAGGACAAAAUAGAAGAACAGUCUCAGUGUGAGAAGAGCAGGAUACAGAGGAGCAGUUCAGUGCCUUCAGGAGACAUCUACUCCAGCGUGGGCUCUCACCGAUUGGCUGAGAAGCCCCCCUCUCGUCCUUCCUCUCCCUCGUCUUCUGCUGUAGCCUUCACUCCUUCACUCCAUGAGCACAGAUUCAGUGCUGAGGUGGAGGAGAUGGUUCAGAAUCACAUGACCUACUCGCUGCAGGACGUGGGUGGAGACGCUAACUGGCAGCUGGUGGUGGAAGAGGGAGAGAUGAAGGUGUACCGGCGCGAGGUGGAGGAGAACGGGAUCGUGCUGGACCCUCUGAAGGCCACACACUGUGUCAAAGGGGUCACAGGUCACGAGCUCUGCCACUACUUCUGGAAUACGGAUGUUCGUAACGAUUGGGAGACUACUGUCGAAAACUUCAACAUCGUGGAGACGCUGUCCGAUACCGCCAUCAUCAUCUACCAGACUCAUAAGAGAGUGUGGCCAGCGUCCCAGAGAGACGUCUUGUACCUGUCUGCCAUUCGUAAGAUUAUAGCCAAUAACGAGAGCGAUCCAGACACAUGGCUCGUCUGCAACUUCUCAGUCCAGCACGAGAAUGCCCAGCCAAACAACAGAUGCGUUCGUGCUAAAAUCAACAUUGCGAUGAUCUGCCAGACGCUGGUCAGUCCACCAGAGGGAGACAAAGAGAUCAGCAGAGACAACAUCCUGUGCAAAAUCACAUACGUGGCCAACGUGAAUCCUGGCGGCUGGGCUCCUGCGUCUGUCCUGAGGGCCGUCGCGAAGAGAGAAUAUCCCAAAUUCCUCAAGCGCUUCACUUCCUACGUCCAGGAGAAAACUGCGGGAAAGCCCAUCCUCUUCUGAGCACCAGUUCUGCCGUGGGUGUGCCGGAGCGCCUCCAGUCCCACACACUUCCUCUAGCUACAGCGCCCUCUAGCGACACAGAAGACUCAUCGCGUCCCUUCUCCACAGGAAGCCCCGGCAGCGGCGGCGGCGGCCCAUCGGUAGACGCUUGAUGCCGUUCUAUAGCGCCACACUAGCUCACACAGACAGAGGACUAGAGAUGCCAAACACCAAUGUCUGUCCCAUGUUUUCUGGCAGAGAUCUGUAUUGAUAUGAAUAUAUAUGUAUGUAUGUAAGUAAGUUUAUAUAUAACGGAGAGUUUUGAAGCUGAACACAUGAGACCGGCUCUGUUUUAGUCAAACAUUUCAGCUUUGCUUUCGUUGUCCUCGUAUAAUUGUUCUUUGGGGAAAUCAAAGGCAUGUUUGUGAGUGAACUCUAUGAACCUGUCUUUCGUCUCGAUGUUGGCCGUCUCUCUUUUUAUGAAGUGCAGUAUCUGCCGCUGACGAGGAGACGUUUCAUUUCUCUCUUGAUUUAGUUAUAUCCGUGUCUCAGCAGCUGAUGUACCGUAGCACAAUUCCAGAUCGAUCGGAACCGGCAGAAAUUUUUAAUAUGUCAGAAAAGGUUUGCGUGCAGAUUAUUUGUAUAUAAUUUCAUUAUAGCUUCAGACCGUCAAUCGAUGCUUUUACCUGACUAAUCCGACUCCAUAUGCCUUAGUGUGUGUGUGUGUGUGUGUGUGUGAGACUGAGAGGUGUGUACCGACUCAAACAUUUCUAGAAAAGUGCCUCAUUAUUGAUCUUGCUGAUCGUACCGUCCACGUCCGUUAUAUCCGAACUACAGCCACAAACCAACCUGGCGUCCUGUAGUGUUUAUACAAAGAUCAUUUCAUAAUGAUUUCUUACCUCGAGUUAUUAUUUAAACGUGAUUUUGCAAUCAGACUGAGUCGUCAGAAGAGCAUCCUCUUAUUGGAGGAGCCCUGACGCCAAUCAAAUUCACUGUCCAACAGGGAGAUGCGGUUCAAAUUUGGGGCGUAGAUGAUACGUAGCUGUAGAUCAGGUAGAAUUAGUUGCAUUUAUUUAUUUUUUCCUAAUUAAAUUUAUUCUUCUAAAGUGAAAAACUAAAUCUCAAGCAUUAAUAAACAAUCUUACAAGGCACAAACUGGCAAAUAUGUUCUUGCUCAGUAUUUUUGUCUCAUUUCCCAGUAAACAUAUCUACAAAUUCUUGAAUCAAGAUACAUUUAUUUGAGAAGCAAAAUUAAGAUAUUAAGUCGUUUUCUUAAAGAAUUAUGCUUAAAUCAAGAGUCAGUGGGGUAUAUUAUUUUAUGCUUAAAAUAAGAAAACAAAAAUAUUCAGUUCUUUUUGUUUCCCCUU